GCGGCAGGAGACGGGGCGAGAGAGGGGAGGGAGUAGCCCUCACGCCCGCCGGCUUCCCCCUGGAUGGUCCGUAUCGCUGGUGCGGGGCCUCCUCCUCCCUGGUCCCUGCGGUGUCCGGCGGCGCGGCGGGCUGUGAGGCGGCCGGAGGCGGCGGGUCCCGGCGGUGGGCGCUGAAGAUGGACUAUGACUUCAAGGUGAAGCUGACCGGGGAGCGGGAGCGGGUAGAGGACCUGUUCGAGUACGAGGGCUGCAAGGUGGGGAGAGGCACCUACGGGCACGUCUACAAAGCCAAGCGGAAAGACGGGAAAGAUGAUAAAGAUUAUGCUUUAAAACAAAUAGAAGGUACUGGAAUUUCUAUGUCUGCAUGCAGAGAAAUAGCACUGCUGCGAGAGCUCAAGCAUCCAAACGUCAUUUCUUUGCAAAAGGUGUUUUUGUCUCAUGCUGACAGGAAAGUGUGGCUUCUCUUUGACUAUGCUGAACAUGACCUCUGGCACAUAAUCAAGUUUCACAGAGCUUCUAAAGCAAACAAGAAACCAGUUCAGUUACCUCGGGGAAUGGUGAAGUCACUAUUGUAUCAGAUCCUAGAUGGUAUUCACUACCUGCAUGCUAACUGGGUGUUACACAGGGAUUUGAAACCUGCUAAUAUUUUAGUUAUGGGUGAAGGUCCUGAGCGAGGAAGAGUAAAAAUUGCUGAUAUGGGCUUUGCCAGAUUAUUUAAUUCACCUCUGAAGCCUUUAGCAGACUUGGAUCCAGUAGUUGUAACAUUCUGGUAUCGAGCUCCAGAAUUACUUCUUGGAGCAAGGCAUUAUACCAAAGCUAUUGAUAUUUGGGCGAUAGGGUGUAUAUUUGCAGAGCUGCUAACAUCAGAGCCAAUAUUCCACUGUCGACAAGAGGACAUCAAAACUAGUAAUCCUUAUCACCAUGACCAGCUGGACAGAAUAUUCAAUGUAAUGGGAUUUCCUGCAGAUAAAGAUUGGGAGGACAUAAAAAAGAUGCCUGAACAUUCAACAUUAAUGAAAGAUUUCAGAAGAAACACGUAUACCAACUGCAGCCUUAUCAAAUAUAUGGAAAAACAUAAAGUUAAACCAGAUAGUAAGGCAUUCCACUUGCUUCAGAAAUUGCUUACUAUGGACCCAAUAAAGAGAAUUACCUCAGAACAGGCUAUGCAGGAUCCUUAUUUCUUAGAAGAUCCACUUCCCACAUCUGAUGUUUUUGCAGGUUGUCAGAUCCCUUACCCAAAACGAGAAUUUUUAACAGAAGAAGAACCCGAUGAUAAAGGAGACAAAAAGAACCAGCAGCAGCAGCAGGGCAAUAACCAUACUAAUGGAACUGGUCAUCCAGGGAACCAAGACAACAGUCAUACACAGGGACCCCCAUUGAAAAAAGUGAGAGUUGUUCCUCCUACCACUACCUCAGGUGGACUUAUCAUGACCUCAGACUAUCAGCGUUCCAAUCCCCAUGCUGCUUAUCCCAACCCUGGACCAAGCACAUCACAGCCACAGAGCAGCAUGGGAUAUUCAACUACCUCCCAGCAGCCUCCACAGUACUCACAUCAGACACACCGGUACUGAGCUGCACCUGAAUAACGUCAAUGCACUGUUGCUAAUGC